AUGGGCGAGGCAUCCAUUCUCUCAGAGAAGCUGAGGAGGUAUGGUGCUGUUGGAGUGGGCAUCAUUCCAGAUUCUCUCGCCACGAUCCGAUACUUGGAGGCGGCCAAAGCAACCCAGCCAUCAGCUCCCACAGGCUACCCCAAAGAAGAGAAGGUCGCAACGACCAAUGGAGGAUCCUUCACCAGGGCAGAGAUUUUGACUUUGCUGGAUGAGACCAUUCGCGUUCAAGGCAUUGUCCAGGCUGAAAUUAGCCAACUUGCGCGAGAUCUGGCCAAGGAACUCAAGGAGAAGUCUGAGGGGAAAAAGAAGAAAAAAACCAUUCCGAUUCCCGAAGCCCUUCGAAAGAUCAAGGAGCUGCACCUGCCUCGAGAUCCGUUGGAGGAACGCAAUCUCACGGAAGAGGCUUUCCAGAAGCUUGUGGCAGAGUGA